AUGGGUAUUAUUUUCGGCAAGAAAAAACCUCCUAGUAGGAUAACGCAGCAGGAUAAAGCCAUAUUGCAAUUAAAGCAACAAAGGGAUAAAAUGAAGCAGUACCAGAAGCGUAUCGAGCAGACUUUGGAGAAAGAUAAGCAAUUGGCUAAAGAUCUGCUCGGAAAAGGUCAAAGAGAGCGCGCAAAGUUGCUGUUGAGGAAAAAACGUUUCCAAGAGCAGUUGCUGAAGAAAACUGACGGCCAGUUGGAGAAUUUGGAGCGCAUGACACACGAUAUAGAAUUUGCACAAGUGGAGUUGCAAGUUAUCGAAGGUCUUAAACAAGGUAACGAAGCUUUGAAAAAGGUGAACGACGCGUUGAAUGUCGAGGAUAUCGAGAGGAUUAUGGAGGAAACCAGAGAGGGAGUGGAAAAACAGGAGGAAAUUAACGCCAUUUUGAGCGGCAAUUUGACGCAAGAGGAUGAAGACGCCGUCGAAGAUGAACUGGCUGAAAUUUUGAAACAAGAAAUGCCUGAAAUACCUACAGAAAAACCUGAUGUUAUUGAAGAAGGUGAAGACGUUGAAAUGGUUGAAGAAGAGUCUCCCAAAAAAGGAAAAACCAAAGAAAAAAAGAAAGAGGCUGUUCCUUUGGAGGCCUAG